UAGGAUGUAGACGUCAAUUCUUCACCUCCAAACAAUUUGGAGUAAAACAGAUAUCAUUUGCCAGCUUUUAGACUUUUCCAUUCGGAUUCCGGUCGAGCCUCGCUCGCCUCACUGUCUGCCGCCUGGGCUGUUGUUCGGCACGUUGGCCGGAGGCGGCUGCGCCAAGCGAGAACCUCCGUGCACUCGGCUCCGUUUAGCGGCUACAACCGAGCCGAGCUGCCCGAGCGGAGCGUACUGUUCUUGGGGAGGUGGAAGUAGUGGAAGCGCCGCUAUCCGGAGCUCUGAGUUUUUGGAAAAAACAGUUCAAACGAUCGAUUGAGCGAGCGAGCGAUCGUGCGGAAGAGGACUCGUUGGAUCGGAUUAUUGGGAAGCGGCUGGACCCCCGCACCAACGAGCUCGAAACGGCUGCGAGGCUCAACUCCAUCGCGGCCGCCCCCAGAAGCAUGUGAUGACCCACACUAAGCAGAAAGGUUCCCGCUGGGACCGCCACCCUUUACUUCCACAAGGCGGCGCCAUGGGCGGGGACCAGGCCGAGCGCGCCCUCCGCUUUGGCCGGACGAAGAAGAUCAAUGAGGUCAUCCGGCGGAGGAAAAAUGACAAGGCGAUGAAGGACAAGAGGGCUAAUAAAGCUCAGGAAAGGAAAUGGGACAGGAAAUUGUAUCCUCUGCGAGGGAGGCUUGGAGAGGGCCUUAGCUGCCGUGUCCUCCUCACAAGGUUGGAUGAAAGCAUCCAAAAGAAAACUGAAGUGAGAGCUCUCAAACACAAAUACAGGAAAGGGAAGCUCGGCGAGACUAAGUGGGCAUCUAACGGCAAGUCAACGCUUUUAAGCACCCAUGUAACACAACCCCGCAAGCGACGUUUGGCCUCCCUCAACGCUGAGGCCGUUAACACUUUGCUACUGGACAGAGCCACCGAUCUCCAACUGGCAGCCAAGUUGGCCAAAAGAACCCAGGAGGAACCUGCUAACAGAGGAUGUUCUUCAGAUGAAGCGGCACCUUCGAAGGCCUUUCAAGGGAUUGUCACUAAACCGUCCCUGUCUCACAAAUUUCACCAAAUCUCCAAGAAGGUCAAGAAAGUCAGGACUUCAAGAGUAGAUGAGACCCGAGCCUUGAGUCUGCAGAUUCUGGAUACGCCGACACCGAGGCGACUGGCUGGACUUAACGCUGCGGCUCUUCUGAAGUUGACUAGCUCGUCUGCUGUGUCCAAGCAGAGAGUUAAGAGCAUACCUCCUUCUACAACCACGUCAGAUUGCAAGACUCCUGCUCAGAACCAGACUCAAAAACAGCCCCCAAAAGUCAAACACAAAGAGCAGUCCCAAAAGCAAAAAGAGGCUCCCGAAAAGCCCGUCCUCAUGCACUGUAGUUGCACAGCCUGCAAAGAGAAGGCUGACUUUGAACCGAAAGUGGAGUGGGAGUCCAGCACCCAUGCUCUGGCAAAACCAGGAUACCAGUCCCGCAGCAUGUUAGGUUACUGCCUCAAGAACGUGAAGGAAGAACAGCUGGAAACUGAGCUGAGCCCCUGUUACUGUUGCUCCCCUGAGGGCUCAAUGGAGUACUGCCACCGCCUGGCCUUCUUCCUUGGCCACCCUGAAUCUGGUGACCAGGGUUCGCUGGGGUCUAGCAAUACCCCGGUCAAACGUGAGUGCCUGGUGACCACACAGUCCCUGACGCACUCCCAUCCGGCGCUCUCCCUCAGCCCCCAUCCCUGCCUGUGCUACUACGUCCACAUCACUCCACACCCGCCGCCGGCUCACACAGCGACGUCGGCGACCCUCGCCCCACGGCCCCUGAACUUUGCGCCAGCAGCCUUGUGCCCAAACCGGACGAUGGGUUCCAAACCGCUUCCUGGUCCUCGCGUCACCCAUACUUGCUUCAACUCUGUUGCGUCACCAUGUUACGGGGACUCCUGUGGGAUGGGUGGCUACACCUGCAGAGCCAUCCCCCCCGUCACCAGCAGGGGAUGCACUUUCAGCACGGGGUGCAUCAGAUGCUCGCAUGGUAUCAAAACAGAAACAGACUCCUCCGCUCAGGAUGACCACAGCCCCUCUGUUCUGGUGCCGUCGUCCUUGCCUCUCUCUAGCUGCCCUUUAUCCAACGUGCCAACUUCUACCCAGACUACUAAAACCCACCUGCUCACCCCAGUGUCAAUCCAAGAGCAAAAUAAGCCACCACCCCGGGCCCGGCUAAAAGUGACCGCCAACCACCCGUCUGGAGCCUCCAAUGGAGACCAAAGCUCUGGACCUCGGUCGCUGCAACAAAAGAGAAUUGGCCGUCGACGUGCUACAAACGGAUGGAGGCCCGUGGGGGUCCCCACAGAAAAGGAUGUUUUUAUAGCGGGAGAGGACGAAACGGCACCCAGGCAGUGUUACGAAGGCGUGGAGCGAGACGGCGAGGUAAUCCGCGUCCGAGAUACAGUGCUGCUGCGUUCAGGCCCUAGGAAGAAGUCCCUACCCUACGUGGCCAAGAUAUCAGCGCUGUGGGAGGAUCCCAAAACUGGAGAGCUCAUGAUGAGUCUUUUCUGGUACUACCGACCGGAGCACACGCAGGGAGGCCGAGACCCUAGCACGCACUGCGAGAAUGAGAUCUUUGCCUCCCGACAUCAGGACGAGAACAGUGUGGCCUGCAUUGAAGACAGAUGCUACGUCCUGCCGCUAGCCCAGUACUGUAGAUAUUGUGCCUUGAUGAAGCGUCGUUCCGAAGGCGCCCUACCCCCCGGCAGCAGCGUGGUGCCCUGCAAUCCUGACUUUGCCCCACCCUCUCACCGCUCUGUGCCCACAGACGUGGACCCUGAGCUGGUCUACCUCUGCCGCCACGUCUAUGACUUCCGAUACGGACGCAUUCUAAAAAACCCUCAGUAGUAGUAGUAUGUUGCAAAUUUCCUGCUAAAUUUGAUCUUAUGUUGGAAGUACAGUGGUAGCUCGACAUACGAUCUUUUCGACAUCCGACGAAAAAUUUGACUCGUCGUUUGUUUCUACAUCCGACGACAUGCUCGAAAUGAUUUACGACAGCGCCGCAGUUUCUUUGUUUUCACGCAAGACCGAUUUUCUUGUGAGAGAAAUCAACAUGGGUUCCACGAAGGUUAGUGCAGGUGGUGAAAAAAAGGAAAAAGGUGACGUUUAUCAUUGAAAUGAAGAUGGAAAUGAUAGAAAAAUAUGAGCGUGGUGUGCGCGUCAGUGAACUGACUCGAUAAUACGGCCGUAGAAUGUCUACGAUCUCGACGGUACUCCUCCGACCUUCGUUCGACAGUCUCUAUAAGAUAAGGUGACAAUUAUUAUUGUGGUAACAUCGCCAAAGAAAUUGCCAGUUUCGUCAGGUUUUUAAUCAUUUACAGUGCCCUCCAUAAUUAUUGGCACCCCUAGUUAA